GCGUCGUUUAUAAAUAGGGAGGCCGUUUGGUUCGUUGGUGGCGGUGGAUCGGCGAUGGAGCUGAUGGCGUUUGAAGACGUCGAAUUUGUGCGGCUCGUGCAAACCACCGCGUCGGCCAUCGCCAAGGACCUUCGGCGUGACGCACCCGACGACGCCGAGCUGCGCCUCGAAGUACUACACCUCGCUCUGCUCGAGUCGCCGGGUCUGGUCUUUGCCGUUGACGCCGAUGGGCACUCGCCGCUGCAUUGGAUCGCACAGCUCGGAUCGAUCUCGCUGUUGCAGCUCUUUCUAGAUCACGAUGCACCACUGCUCGUGCGCGACAAGAACGGACUCCUUCCGUUGCACUGGGCAGCGGCGGCCAACAACUUGCCAGCGCUUCAGCUCCUCUUGGCGCAGCCCGAGUCGUGCAUUGACGACCGCGAUAUCGACAAAGGCCAGACGCCGCUGCUACUGGCCGCGCGGCACGGCCACGCCAUGGCGGUGCUCUACCUUCUCAGGCACGGUGCGAACCCGUCGAUUGUCGACAGCUCCGAGGACAACUUUGUGCACUGGGCAGCGUACAAGGGCAAUGUGGAAAUUCUGAGUCUGUGCCACACGUACGCGAGCACGUUUGGCGUCGACUUUGGCCUCUUUCGAGCCCUUGACACGUUUGGACAGUCGCCGUUGCACCUCGCGGCCAACCAAGGGCACCUCGAUUGUGUUGAAUAUCUCUCGGAAGAGCUCGACGCCGGCGUCGACGUCUGCGAUGCCAAAGGGCACACGCCGCUCCAGCUCGCCCAGCUGCGCGGCCACGCCGCGGUCGUAGCAUACCUCGCGGGCAAGUUUACGCCGGCAUGGAACCGGCAGCUCGGUCACGCUUUGUAUUUCUGGUGCCUCCACGCAAUGAACGCCGAGGCUGUCUCGCUCCAGCCGUUCCUUGGGCGCCGCGCUCCCAUGUACUUUAUGGUCGGCAACAUUGCGCUUGGUGUCUACUGGCUCCUGCGCAUGAACAUGGCAUCAUGUGCGUGGACGGCCCAGCUUUUGCUGCAGGCCAUGGCGUGGAGCGGCUUUGCGUGCGCGGCCUCGAUCGCGCCGGGUGCUGUCGUCCACGAAGCGUCGCUGCGCGACUCGUACACUGCGUGCAUGGAUCGCCUUCUCAGCGACGGCGGCGGCGACAGUCUCCACUUGCUCGACAACGUUCGGCUCUGCCAUACGUGCUGCGUCGAAAAGCCCGUCGGGUCCAAGCACUGCCGGUUCUGCAAGACGUGUAUACUUCGCUUCGACCACCAUUGCCCGUUCAUCAACAACUGCGUCGGCCAGCGCAACUAUACGUUUUUCCUGCUCUACGUGGGCGCGAUGGCCGCUGCCUCCGGGCACUUGGCGUAUCACUGGGCGAUGCAUGGCACGUCGACGGCAGCCAGCAUCGUCGGUGCGCUCUACUAUGGCGGUGUCGGCGUCGUGGCUGGCAACUUGUUGUGCUUCCACCUCUUCCUAGCGUCCAUUGACCUCUCGACCAACGAGUACCGCAACCGGCACCGGUACACGCAUCUCAAAGACCGCACGUUUGCGUCGUUUACGAGCCCGUGCAGCGACGAGUGCGUCCCAAAAUGCCUCGCUCGACUGUGCAUGAGCCUGCCGCCGCUGCCCCACGGGCUACGCCGCCGCGCUGCGUCGCAGAAAAGCAAGCUGUCCGCCCACGAGAGCGGCGGGAAGGUUCUCAGCGUCUAGUCGUUUGCAUGUCUUCCGCAACACGAGGCUUUGGUUGUGCGC